AUGUUAAGAGUCCUUCCCUGCGGUUCAGCCGCACCAUCAUCUCCAUCAUUAUCCCCCCACGAUGCUCUUAACCAACCCCCGUACGACUUGAAUGACCCGGCCCUCUCCGCCCGUAAUGACUACUCAAAACCCUUCUUUAAUCCGACAAUUUCCCGAUCGCGUCUUCAACUACCGCACCCCGUUCAGCGCGUCAACUCUCGCGAUGGCUCGGGCUCCAGCUCAAACGCAUCGUCCGGUGAACAUGCAUUACGAAGGAAAACGCCGAAUGGGACCCUAGCAGCAGGCUACGAUGGAACCCCCGGUGAACCUACGAUUCAACCCGCCACAAAGCACAUCCUAGUUUCGCCGAUGGAAUCAGGGCAGUUCUUGUCGCCUCAAGGUUUACAGGCCGACACUUGGCAGUAUGCGACCGUUGAUCCCUCGACCUCGAAACACAUGAACUUCCCUCCAAUCUUCAAGAACGAGGUGGGGAAUCCCAUCGCAGCCCAAGAAGUGGUUCAAGAUGCGAACGGCACAAGCUGGGUGCGCCCAGUGAAUUAUCCACCUGGGAUUGACUCGGUGCUGAACCAGAGCUUACCUUUACAGGCUCCCCAGAGGUUCAUUUUGCAUAAUGGUUCCUACAUUCCGACCGUGCUCCCUGCAACUCUCCAGCCAUGUGUAGGACCUACCGCAUCGGCAGGCACUGGUCCAUUUGGUCCAUAUUGGCCCGACGGCGCAUAUAUACCAUAUCGCCCAGUAGCCUUUCGUGAGCCGCGUUUUGGGUCGCCGAGUCUCCACGGUCCGCCAUUUUAUGAUAUCAACCAACCCGCAUUUAAUCAACAGCCUCCUAACCCAUCGCAUUUACCUCUUGAUAACCAUGCAGAUAAUUCGUUCGGGUGGGCGCAGUCCCAGCCUGCGAUGCAUACACAGGAAUCUAUGAUGAAAAAUCAGACUCACUUCCCUCCACGUCACUCAGAACAGCUACCUUAUCACACCAGAGUCUCUCGCCCAUUACCAUCUUAUUCAACCAACUCCCUCCAUGCUGAACCGGUAGCAUGGAACACUCGUCCCCCAGCAUCAAGUUUCCAGACAUCAGCACCAACAGUUCCGGUGAAUGUAGAAUUCAAGGAGAAGAUUCUGUCUUGGGCACAUGGGGUAUAUGUCGAUCUUCUUGCAACUAUUCACCAAGCUCGUCGUAAUAGUAUGUCGAACGGUGGAGCAGAUGGACAUAACUCGCGGUUUUUGAAACCUAGUAUCUACCCCAAGCCGCCUCGUCAGCCCGGACUCGACUUUUCGCAUAAUCAGAAUUCUUCGUCCGUUCCAUCUGAAAUCCCUCGUCACAACAGUUAUCCGUCUAGCCAGCACGAUCUGCAUCGGCAGAAACUAGGCCUGCUGUCUGCCAGAAUGAACAAUGUUCAAUCAAAUUCUCUGCAGAGCCAGGUUCACAAUCGGCGCCCUUCAUUGAACCAGUUUUCUCAACCUCCUCGAGCUUCAGAUCCACGAAUGCGUGAUAUUGGCCGCGUUCCUGGAACACCCUCUCGUCUUUCCGGGUCACUUUUGAAUGAAGGCUCUCCGGUUGCUAAUGGAAUGUCAGCUUUGGAAAUGUUGUCUCAUUUGUGCCAUGAAAGUCGUUGGGAAUGGAUUGAUGGCAUGUUGCUUGGAGGCUGCCUUGCUUAUGGUCUUGGGGACUAUCAUAAAGCUAUGCGAUGGUAUUCUAGAAUCAUUGCACGCGACUCAACACAUGUCGAGGCUAUAUCUAAUCUGGCAGCAACAUUAUUGGCUCUUGAUCGACGCGAAGAAGCUCUGCAGAAUUGGUUGCGUGCUGUCAAGCUGCGCCCGAGUUUCUUCGAGGCGGUCGAGCAUUUGGUAGGACUCUAUUGCAGCAGCCAUCGCGGAAAAGAAGCUGUCAAUAUUAUUGAUUUUGUCCAAAACUCUUUGCGUCAUCCAAAAGAUGGCGAUUGUUUCAAAACAGACGAGCAUGCUAGCGAACCCGAGAGUGAUGCGGAGAGCAAUGUCUCCGAUGUCUGCAUGUAUGACAAGGCAUCUUUUGAUUAUGAUGAUGACAUGGGACGUGUUCAAAGCUCAAAGUUAGGUUCCCCCGAAGCCACGCCGGUUGGCUUUGCGACCAGCGGCUACGCUAUUCCAGGAUCUGACAAUGGCCGCAUGCUUGCAUUGGUUCAUGCCAAGGGCAAUAUGCUUUAUGCUCUUGGUGAAAAUGCGGCGGCCGCGGCAGCCUUUGAAGACGCAGUUCUCAUUGCCGCUGGAAGAAGAAGACAUGGUAUUCAAAGUUUGAUUAAACAAAUCUUUGCAGCUUUCUCUCCCGGGCCAAUAACGGGUUACCAGCCCGAAGGAGCCAACGAGAGUGUUCUAUUAUAUCCAGAUAGAGCACUACAAACUUCAAAAUUGGUAUUCCAAGCCAAUGGAACCCCGCCAGGUCUCCAGUACGUGUCAGAAGGCAUUUCGCGAAGUGCAGCUAUAUCAACCACUAGUAACUCCUUACUUUCAUUGGCAAAGAUCUAUCAAGAUGGCAUGGCAACCGUGUCAUCUGGGUCAACUCCGAGAUCCGCUCCUGGAGUGCGAGACAUUUUGGCUCUUUACUAUUUGUCGCUUUCUCUCCAGCCGAGCCCAUCCACGGCGAACAAUGUUGGUAUAUUGUUAGCCGGCAUCCAGAACAACCCCCCAGCUCGGGGUCUUGUGCGCCCCAAUGGGGAAAGCCAGCAUCCCGAAAUUCCGGGGGUUGUUCCGGGCAGUGGCAUAUCCUUGGCUUUGGCGUACUAUAAUUAUGGAUUGCAUUUGGACUCCCGCCAUGCGCAUCUUUAUACCAACCUUGGAAGCUUACUCAAAGACAUUGGUCAACUUCAAGCUGCUAUUAAGAUGUACGAGCAGGCUGUUCAGUGUGACGGUAAUUUCGAUAUCGCAUUGGCCAACCUGGCCAAUGCUGUAAAGGAUGCCGGCCGAGUCAACGAUGCCAUCUCCUAUUACAAACGCGCCGUCAAGGUAAACCCAGAGUUUGCCGAGGCCGUGUGUGGACUGGCGAACGCUUUGAACUCUGUAUGUAACUGGGUUGGUCGUGGUGGUAUCGUCAAUGGCCGCGGAUUUCAUGAUCGGUGGCACGUAGACGAAAAAGGCAUGCUUCGAGAUGCCCAGAGUAACGAUGCAGGAGGUGCUGGAUGGAUCAAACGCGUUGUCGACAUUGUUGACCGACAGCUUCGUGAAGGUGAGUUCUGGGGUCGUGGCAUAUUGACUAAAGGCACCGCCGAGCAACUUUGUGCUCAGUUGGCAACUGCCUUCGACUCGAGUCUUACCACAAACCGAAGAUCUUCCCUAGCAAAGAUCCUCCAAUCUUGGGCAGGCCAAAAAUGGGAAGGUUCUCGCAUUGUUCGAUUGGUUGAACGAGCUAUUCGAUACAUUACAUGGCAAUGGUAUCAGGAUCGCUAUGUCUAUGGUAAAGACUACCCCGUUUCCAGGUACCGUCGACCUCAGCUCCCCGGAGGCCUCAGUGCCCCCAAUGCUCCUACAGUUCUACCAUUUCACACCUUCACCUGUCCAUUAUCGGCCAAGCAAAUCCGUCAAAUCUCACAACGCAAUGGCCUCCGAAUUUCAACAUCAACUCUACGACUUCCCUGGCUCCCUGCGACCGUCUACCGGCCUCCCGCGCCUCCAAACCCAGCUUUGCGUGUGGGUUAUGUGUCGUCUGACUUCAACAAUCACCCGCUUGCUCAUCUGAUGCAAUCGGUUUUCGGACUACACAAUCCUACUAAGGUGAAGGCUUAUUGCUACGCGACCACUGCUAGCGACAAAUCCAUUCACCGCCAACAAAUCGAACAAGAAGCACCAGUUUUCCAUGACGCCAGUGGAUGGCCUGUUGAUCGAUUAGUCCAGCAAAUCGUGGAUGAUGAGAUUCACAUUCUGAUUAACUUGAACGGCUAUACUCGAGGUGCUCGUAACGAGGUGUUUGCUGCUCGACCUGCUCCAAUCCACAUGUCUUUCAUGGGAUUCGCAGGAACCCUUGGUGCAGAGUGGUGUGACUAUGUUCUUGCCGACCAAAUCUCCAUCCCUCCAGAGACUCUGAGCCCUGCGCGGCGCACUACCCGCAUUGAGGAUCGGAUUCUUGAUGAAGACAACGGCGAAGAACUUGAGAACUGGGUAUAUGGCGAGAAGAUCGUUUACACCCGCGAUACCUUUUUCUGCUGCGACCACCGACAGAGUGCUCCAGAUGCAGGAGAGCGACAACUUUCCUGGGACGACGAACAGAUGCGACGUUGGAGGAUGCGCAAAGAACUGUUCCCUAAGAUUAGUGAUGAUACUAUUAUCCUUGGCAAUUUCAAUCAACUCUACAAGAUUGAGCCCUCCACCUUCCGAACAUGGUUGCGCAUUUUGGCGCGCAUUCCAAACGCAGUCCUCUGGCUGCUACGUUUCCCCGAAACAGGCGAACAAAACCUACGAGACAUUGCUAAAGCAUGGGCUGGCGAGGAAACCGCAUCACGAAUCAUUUUCACAGACGUGGCACCAAAGAACACGCACAUAGCACGAGCAAAGGUUCUAGAUUUGUUCCUCGAUACUCCAGAGUGUAAUGCACACACCACGGCCACCGAUGUCCUAUGGAGUGGCACCCCGCUACUCACAUACCCGCGGUACAAAUACAAAAUGUGCUCGCGUAUGGCGAGUAGUAUUCUUUCCAGCGCACUCCCAGGUACAGAGGCUGGCAAGCGAGCGCGGGAGGAGUUGAUAGCCUCAUCUGACGACGACUAUGAAAGCAAGGCCAUUCGGCUCUGUAUGGAUCUACAGUACAUACCUGGCGGCAGUGGACUCGCAACCGGUCGCCUGGCAGACAUGCGACAGAUGCUGUUUUUACAGCGAUACACGAACAAACUCUUUGACACGGCGCGUUGGGUGCGUGACCUCGAAGAUGCGUAUGAGGCUGUUUGGGCGCAAUGGGUGAAUGGCGAAGAAGGCGAUAUCUGGUUAUGA